AUGGGAACAAAACCUAAACAUACUGUGGUUGUUAUUAUGGUAAUGAUGAUCAUGGUAAGCUCAUGUUUGGCUGCGAGGAAUAUAACUCCCCGAUCAAAUAAUCAAGAAAACGAGAAAAUAUCCCGAGAGAUGAGAGGGAAUGAAGAAGAUUUAACUGAGAAAAUAGAACACCCAAGAAGCAGCGUGGAGAAUCACCAUUACAUCCCAAGACAAGAUUUCAACAACUAUGGAGCUGGAGGUGAUAACAAUGGAGGUGGUGGGUAA